CCCUGCGCUAGCUUGACGUCGGUGCGCUUACAGAGCGCAGUAGUAAAUGAAGUUGGCGCUGAUAUUCAUUCUUUAACUGUCUAUGUAUUCAUUAUGGGACGGUAUUUUUCAAGAGGAGUAGUAAGUGAACUGUAAUGCUGUUAUAGUUAAAAAGAACAGAAAGAGACACUGGUUUAUUAAAGCUGGACAUCCAGUUAAACCCCGUAUAGUUCCAGUAAGACUAUUACACGUUAUUUAUCAGCUGGCUCGGACUGGGAAGUAUCUCUAUGACUGGUAACUUGGCUGAUAAUGAUAAGCCCACGUGUUUUCAUCAGCAUAUUGGCAUCAGUGUUUACACUUCUUCUGUCAGGUUCCAGAGUUCAUGCACAGGAGACGCCGCCCCGCAUCGUCCACCAGCCCUCUGACGUGGUGGUGAAAGCGGGAAACCCUGCCACGCUCUCCUGCCGGGCGGAGGGCAGCCCCAGGCCGAGCAUCGAGUGGCUGCGGAACGGCCAGACGCUGACAGCAGACGAACGCUUGCAGCCCUUGGUUCUGUCGGAGGGGAGCCUCUUCUUCCUCAGCGUGGGAGAGGGCAGGCGAGGCCUGUCGCACGAGGGCGUCUACACCUGCGUGGCCCGGAGCAGUGCAGGAGAGGCCAGCAGCCGCAAUGCAUCGCUGUACAUCGCAGUGUUGCGGGAGGAGUUCCGUGUGCAGCCCGGUGACGUGGAGGUGGCAGAGGGGGAGGUGGCUGUCUUAAGCUGCGUCCCCCCAGUGGGACGCCCUGAACCUAAUGUCGUCUGGAAGAGGGACGGCUUGCCCAUCGACUACGUCGAUCACCGCUAUACCGUGCUGAGUGGGAAGCUUAUCAUCGCUCCUGCCGAGAGGAAACACUCUGGAGCGUAUGUGUGCGAGGCCAGCAACACCGCGGGGGUGAGGCAGAGCCGGGCGGCUCGGCUCUCUGUGCUCGCCAAGCCUGUGUUGGUGCUGAAGCCAGAAAACGUGUCUGUGCGAGUGGGGGAGUCUGCCCAGUUCUACUGCCAAGCUAAAGGUGACCCCCCCCCUGCUGUGGUCUGGAGCAGUGAGCAGGGGCCGCUGCCCAACGGCAGGUAUCUUGUAAACCCGGACCAGACUCUCCAGAUCCACUAUGUGACAGCCCAGGAUGCUGGCAAGUACACCUGCUCUGCUGCCAACGAUGUCGGUGUGGUCACUGCCAGCGCACAGCUGCUAGUUGAAGAGGCUACCAGCACUACACAGAGAGAUCUCCACAAAGAGCUGUCAGCGCUGCGAGUUGCUCUGGAAAAUGUCACCAUCAUGGCCCCCGGGUCUAAUAUCUCACAAGUACAAUGGAAGCUCCAGACGCUGCCCGCCCAGCCUCAUUACCUGGAUGGCUUCGAGGUUCUCUAUCGCUCUCUGCUCCCCGCCAGCUCGGACUGGGCAGCCAAGAAGGUGACUCUGCCCAACUUCCAGGCCCCGGUGGGCCCCUUAAAGAGAGGCUACAAGUACGAGUUCAAAGUCCGUCCCUACGGCAGCAACUUGUAUGGGAGGGAGAGCAACACUCGGCACCUCAGAGUCCCUGAGACAGUGCCCAGUGCCUCUCCACUGGCUGUGUCCAUAACAGUGAGCCGUGAGCAGAAUAACACGAUCCAUUUGAGCUGGGAGCCUCCUCCUCAUGAGACCCACAACGGUAUCAUACAGGGUUACCAGGUGUGGUGUGUGGAAUCUGAGGAGCAGCAGUACCAAAACUGGACAGUGGAUAGUGGCCAACACAAGCUUGAUAUAUCUGCUCUGAGUCCAGGGAAACGGUACUGGAUCACCAUAGCAGCUGUCAACGGAGCUGGAGUAGGAGUGCUGAGUGACCCUCAUGGAUUUGUCAUCAGCCCACAAAUAGGCGGUCCCCCCGGGUCAGACAGCCAGAUGCGGGAUCUGUCCCGGGUCCUGGCCCUGCUUCAGGACCCGGUGUUGAUCGGCAGCGUCGGUGCCAUCCUGUGGUGCCUUCUGAUGGUCGCAGCCGUGUACCUCUUCAGGCGCCAUGGCAGGACAGGCCAGCUGAUCCCAGGACACGGCAGGGCUAAAGGUUUGCACAGACCAGCCAGUGAAGAUCUCAUCAUAAAACACAGGAUGGCAGCUUCAGACUCUCCGUGGGCCUCUGGAGCCUGGAGACCUUCCUUCAACCACAAGUACCAGGACUUAUGGGCCCAGGGCCAGAAACACCCAGGGAUCAGGGGCGCCAGCCUCCCUGUGUCCUGGAAGGAGCCCAGCUGUGUGGACUCGGCCGUCCCCAUUGUGACCGACAGCUGUGGCGUUUACGGCACAUUUUACGUGGACCUGAUGGGCAAAGGCCUCAAGACCUUCAACAGUCCCGGGCGGCGCCCGAAAAUGCCUCAUGGUCAGGCCCACCAGCAAGGAGCUGAGACCAUCCAGAUAUUCCCUCAGCCUGUCGCAAAGACCUCGCCCCUCAGCAGCCGGGAGGCGCUACCAUGGAAACAGGCCAUACGCCCCCAGCCCAAGAUGGGUGUGCUGAGGGAGUCAUGGGAAAAGAACUACAGCAAGCAAGAGUUGCACGCAGUGAACAGCGUCCCCAUAGUGCCGACCAGGAAGCAGGCUUUACCAUCCAGUGUCUACAAACAGAGACUCAGUCACAUACCGUCAGGCCGGCACGGUGGAUACCCAGAGUGUGAUAAAGUUGCUGGCUGCCCUCGCCUGCUGCAUUACUCUGCAUCUUUACACCUAGUGGACAUGCUACCCCCCCCUCCACCAAUGCCCAUAGAGGACACCACGGACACACACAGCCUCACCUCAGAUGAAGGCUCCAGUCGUUCUACAAAGCUAACAGUGGACAUGGGCUCUCUCCAGUCAGUGUGUGCUGCGUCAAAUCCCCGCCGGCAACCGGGACCCAAAACCACCACCACCACCACCACCAACAGCAGCAGCAGCAGCAGCAGCUUUCCCUCCUACAGCCACCCGUCUGCUACAUCAUAUUCCAUGUCGCUGGACGAGGAACAGGGCGGCACGCUGACAGCACAGGAAGCCAGCCAGUAUCUGGAGCUCUGCCCCAAACCGGAGAGAUGCAGCAGUGCCCUGCCUCAGCAGCGUCCGUCCCUGUCCGUCCCUUUCCUCCCCCCCGUGGGCUACAUCCGUCGGCCGGGCUGCUCCACUCAGCUGGAGGAUGACCCCGCCCCCGCGGGGCCUGAGGCUCCGCCGAUUGGCCUGCGACGCGCCCGCCUCCAGAGCACGCCCUCCUCCUGCUACAGCGAGUGGGACGGCUCCCUGUGGAACACCUGGAGCUCAGUCACGGACAGCAACAUGGCCAGCGCUCGCUCCAGCCUCAUCAGCUCGGUGGACAGCUGCUACACCGGCGACAGCGCACACUUCGCCCGCCUGCUGGCGGCGGCGGCCGAGAGCAUGAGCGGAGCCUCUCUGUCAGGCAAAGAGCCGUUCUGUUUCAACAUAAUCUCUCUCCACUCUGUAUUGAAAUGCAUGUCAACAUGUGGUCCUUCUCUGUGUUCAGACUUCUCUCCGCCCGCCUCGCCCCUCAGCGCCUUGUAUCCGUCGUUUGGCGCGGAAGGCGACUCGUUCUGCGAGCUGGAGCCCGUCCCUGCGUGGGACUGGAGCGUGGCCUGGGUGGAGGAAAUGGAGGCUCAGUACAGAGCACACUAUCCCGGCAGAAACCCCAAACCCUUUGACGCUUAGGGACUCCUGCCAGGAGAGUAAAAAGAUACGACAGAACUUUAGAAAACACCUCACAGCAACGUCAGAACUGCACAGACGAAGAAGAAGGGGGCAGACAUCAUACUGCAACUGAUUCCCUUUUUUUGUGAUAGCGCUGGAAUUUUUAAGGUCUAAAUAAUUCAGGGUUUGAUGUGUGGCGUCAAUCAUAGAUACAUAGGUGGAUUUUAAAAUAGAAUUGGAGCCAACUCCUUGAUGUUUGAGACACCUCUGCUAGAUGACGCACGGCUGUUAUUUAGUUUGUUAAUAGUUACCCAGUUUACCUCAGGGCAGUGCGGCUACUAUUUAGCAUCCUUAAAAUGAGUUCCACUGAGUUUCUAAAGUUUUCUUUUCCUCUCUUUAUCCUGUCCACUCAUUAGAGGAUGGGAUAAUGAGAUACUUCUCACCCAGUGUGUUUUUGAACAGGCCAGAAAGACACAAAGACAGGAUGCCAGACAGUGAGAAAGCAGUCAUUAGGCAGAAGAAAUACGCCACUGGAGUUCUCCUGACAGCACACGGUUGUUUGCUGCAAGACUUUAUUAGGGCCUUAGUUCUCCCAAACAGGGAGUGAUUUUGUACAGACUGCUUUACUGAUCAAGUGUAUAUAUUCAGCAUUAUUCAACAAAUGUUAUUUAAAAAAACAAACGUAAAACACAUUCCAAAUUGUUUUCUGUCUUCCUCCAGUUAUUUUUGGUGAUUUCUUACAUUCUGGGAUUUCUUUUAUAUUUUAAGAUUUUUUUUUUUUUUUUACUUUAUACCUUUUUACUUUUUUUUUAUUGUUACACAAAGUUUUCAGACAGAACAUUCUGUAAGAGAAUAGCAAAAGUAGAAAGUUAUUUUGUUAACAAUUAUUUGAACUAACUCGACCUUUAAAUAUCUUGAAUUUUAGGAAGCAUUCAACAGAAAGUAUGGUGAGAGUUGAAGUGCUGUACGCACAGAUUAGUCUGAUGAUUUUACUAAUGGUAGUAGAAUCAAGGUUUUACAUUUUAUAAGAAUUUGCAUUGUGUUUUGUUCACACUACAGAUGUGUUUUAUAGUUUGGAAUAAAAUUGUUUAAUUAAUAGAAAUCAAGUGUGACAUUUUGCAAGGACUUUACAUGUGGAAUGUGUCCUGGCUGAGCGGUGUAAUAAAAGCUCAUGUUGCAUUUAUGUACGCAACAAUGUUUGA